AUGAGAUUGGGCCAUAAUCGUUAUAAUAGAAUUCCCGAUGAUGACAAUCAAACGGCAGUUGCUACUGAUGAUGAUACACAUAUAAAUAUUCCUAUACAUAAUGAGUUCGAUGAUAUACAAUUUAAUGAAAAUGCCGAUACCAAUAUAACUGAAACUAUGAAUGAUGCUAAUAAUAAUAAUAAUAAUAUUACAACUGAUUUGCCAGAUACUACAUCGCCUAUAGUGCCUUCUCUGCCUAGAAACCCUCCAAUUUAUCAAAGUCAUAGUUUCAUCAAUAAUUAUCCUCGUAAUGAAAAUAGAUUAUUUGAAGGUUCUUCAUCUACCAUGGAACAAAUGUCCGUAGAGGAACCAAUUCUUAAUCAAAAGACCACCAUAAGAGAAAAAUUGAUUUUAGCUAGAGAUUCAUUCACGGAAGCCGUCAUCAUACCUUUCAAACAAAAAAUUUAUUACCCAGUCACAUUGAUUUUCACUAUUCUAUCAGAAAGACUUAAUUAUUAUUUAGGUAAAAUUGGUAAUCCGUUCAUUUUGAAAAGAUUCUUUUACAUUGUCUUAAUGACUGUGAUAUUAUAUCUAAUUAGAUCUUCUGGUUUAUUAUAUACUCAUCAUGCUUAUGCUAUUCGUGGUAUGUUUUCAGAACAAUCAAUACUGGUGAAAUAUAUGCAAACAACUGUAGAUUUUAAUAAAUUCGAAAGGGAUUUGGAAUAUUUGAGUAGUAUGCAACAUAUGACAGGCACAAAAGGUGAUAUGGCACUUGUAAAUUAUAUUCAACAAUCUUUUUCAAACAAUGGGUUGAAAUUAUUAAAGGAAAAUACUUAUUCAACUUAUUCGACUUAUCCAAACAUUAAUGAUACAUUCCUAAGAGCUGUAUCAGAUGAUGGCAAGACAAUCAUGGAUUUCGAUCUAACUAUUGAUAAUUUCCAAUCAAUGUCUAUUAAUGGUGAACUUUCAAAGACCCCUAUACUUUAUGGGUACAAAGGUAGAUACCAAGAUCUAGCAGCUUUACAAGAUUCAAAUAUUAUUAGCCAAGAUCAAGAUUAUAUGCUUCUACUUGAAUAUGACGAUGAUAUUCUUGUUAGUGAACAGAUAUUAAUGGCUCAAAAAUUUAAUUCAAAAGCCGUUAUUUUCAUUUCCAAUGAAAUCAAUGGUGAUAAGGAUAUAAUUAAAUUAAGAUCUGUAUCGUUCCCUCAAUUUUCAAUGGGAGAUCCAUUAACUCCAGGCUGGCAUGGUGAUACUAAUCCAUUAAUUUUUGCUAAUGAAUCACUAGCAUUACAAUCAAUCUUAACUCUACCUAUAUCCUUUAAUGAUGGUGAAAAAUUAUUAUCACAUCUAUCAAAGGAUAAUAUCAAUUUUGAAAAUAAUAAAUAUAGUGGUAAAAUUGGAGAUCUUUAUAUUGACCUAAAAAUAAAUAAUACAAUUCGUGAAAGACAUCCAACUUUCGAUAUCAUUGGGAAAAUUGAAGGUAAAGAACAAAGUGAUAAAGCUGUUGCCAUAGUAGCAGGCAGAAACUCAAUUAGUUUUGGUGCUCAAUAUCCAAAUAUGGGGACUUCUGCUCUAUUGACCAUAGUCGAAUUGAUGCAAAGAGUUCAUUUUGAAUAUAAUUGGAAACCUUUAAGAAACAUUUAUUUCAUAUCGUUUGGUGGCGAUGAAUUUAAUUAUGCUGGUGCAACUGAAUUAUUAGAAGAACGAUUAAAACCAUUUAAGGAUGAAGUUUAUUCUAUUAUUGAUAUUUCUCAAAUUGGAUUUGAUUCAAAUGUUUUAAGUGUUCAAACUCAUCCACUUUUGAAAAAUUUAUUUCAAAAUUUAAAUGAUAGAGAUUUACAUAUUGAUAUUUCACAUGUGAAACAAUAUGGUAAUUGGAUUCCAUUUAUGGCAAAUGGUAUACCUGUUUCAGUUUUAUCAAACCCAAACGUUUUAAAAAGAAAAGGCUAUAUCGAUACUUCAAAAGAUACUUUUGAAAAUUUACAUGAGUUAUUAGUUAAAGAUGAAAAUAGAAAAAUUUUACAGAAUAUUUUUACAUUUAUUUUCGAUACUAUAUUGAGAUUAUCUGACGAUCCAGUAAUCCCCUUCGAUAUUACAAAUUAUGCAAAUACUUUGAGUGAAUUACUUCAUGAUCUUGAAAAACAAUAUUCUGGCCGUUUGAAUUUCGACUCUGUAAUAAAAGGUUUAUUAAGUUGGAAAAGUAUUGGUGUAGAUUCUCAACAAUGGUUUAUGACUUGGUCUAACAUUGUAUUGGCUCAUAAUGGUGGGCUUGAACCAUCUUUAUUAUCAGUUAAUAGAUGGACCUGGAAUAGGAAAUAUUCAAAUAUUGGACGUAGGCAAUGUAUACCAGAAGGUAUUCCAAAUAGGCCAUUUUAUAAGAAUGUACUAUUGGGCUCCUCAUUUUGGCAAUCCAGUGAUAAAAUGGAAGAUCAUUGGAGUUUCCCAGGUGUUAGAGAUGCCAUCAAUGAAAAUGAUUUUGAAAAAGCUCAAAGACAACUUGAUAUUGCAGGAGAGUCAUUACAAUCAUCUGCUGCACUCUUUAUUGAAGAAACAAAUGAUGUAGGGUUCAAAUGA